AGAACUGUGGUUUAAUUGUCAGCGUUCCUCUAGUUGCUGCCGGACGUCCUUUAAACACAUCAGCACUGGAGCUUUAGGGGAUCUGGGCUGAUUUAUUAAAGCAUUUACGAGGCAGCACAAGUCUCCACUGAGGAACAGAGGGACUCCAGCAGCGCAUGAGGAGGAAAAUCUCAGCGUAAGACAGCAGAUUCACUCCAGCGAGAGCAGAUCCACAAACUGAAGAGCACAUCAGCUGAGAGCGCAGACACAGAGACAGCAGCGACAGAAGUAAGUGCACUCAAAAUCCAGCAAUCAGCACAUCAAUCCAAAAAAAGUUGCAUGGAUGCUGCAUUUAGGAGACAUGUGGGUAAAUCCCAGCACUUUUCAGACUGAGACCCGUGCUGUGUUUUGUAAUGUAAUUAGAUCCUGAUAAUGAUUAUGAAUCACUCUUGAGGCCAAUAAUGGAGCUGUCCGGCUCUGCAAACCUCCAGCUCAACAAUUCUGCGGGCUUUAAGCGAGUGUGUCGGCUGGAGGACGAGCUCUGCUGUCCGUUCCCCAACCUCACUGCCGGCGUGCUGGAGAUGAGAGUCAAAGAAGGCAGUAAAAUCCGCAAUCUGAUGGGCUUCUCCAUGGCGCGGAUGCAAGACGGAGCCGCACUCCGACAGGUGGUGUUCAGUGGCUCCGGACGCGCAGUCACCAAAACCAUCACCUGUGCUGAGAUCAUGAAGAGGAAGAUGCCGGGACUCCAUCAGAUCAGCAAACUGCAGUACCGGGGCCUGCGGGAGGUCUGGGAGAGCCAGGACAGAGGAGACGCCCAGGUGACAGUGCACCGGACACUGCCCUCCAUCAGCAUCCUGCUCUCCAAGGACCCUCUGGACCCGCUGGAGCCUGGGUACCAGCCGCCAGAGGACCAUCAGGACCUGCUGGAGCCUGGAAAUCAGUCACUAAAGCAGGAUCUGCUGGAGCCUGGGUACCAGCCAUUAAAGGACACCAAGGACCUGCUAGAGCCUGGGUAUCAGCCACUAAAGAGUCCCAAGCACCUGCUGGACCCCAGGUUUCAGGUGAUAAAGGACCCCAAGAACCUGCUGGAGCCUGGGUCCCAGCCUCCAAAAAAUCAGGAUGGGCUGGAUCCUGGGUACCAGCUGAUAAAGGACCCCAAGAACUUGCUAGAGCCCAGAUACCAGCCGCUGAAGGACACCAAAGACUCGCUGGAGCCCAGGUUUCAGUUGAUAAAGGACCCCAAGAAUCUGCUGGAGCCCAGGUACCAGCCAAUAAAGGACACCAAGGACCUGAUGGACUCCAGGUAUCAGCUUUUAAAGGACCCCAAGGACCCACUGGAGGCCAGGUAUCAGCUGAUAAAGGACCCCAAGCAGCGGCUGGAGCCCGGGUACCAGCAUCCACUGAAGAGAUCUGGAGAACCAUCUGCUGACUGUCUGCUGGAGCCGCAGGUGAAGAGAGUGUGUGUUUGAGGAUGAGGAGUGUGUUCCAGAUCCGCUUAAGAACUGUUAAAGUGAGACUCAAAAUUGUGACUUUCAGCUUUCAUUUAUUGGGAUUUAAGCAAUCUUUCACAGGCAUUGCAGUCGUUGUUCUUCAUUUAAAAUGUUUUUUUUUUUUUAAUUUCCAGCACAAAUAUUUAAACAUUUUUUAAUUAAGAUGCAUGUAUUGGAAAAGCGAAAUGAAGCAAUUUCCCCUCUUAAAUCUUUCAAUUGUGAUUUUCAGCAUUUUGGCUCAUUUUUGACGCAGUAAUAAAAUGUUCGUCAUUUUGCUUCUCAAUUAGCUUGACUUAUGAAAAUGCAGAUGUACAUCGCUGUAUUGAUUUUGUGCGUACAACAUCACUUACUUGAUCGAUUCAGACAAGCAAUCCAACUAAAUGCAUUAAUUGAUUAAAAAAAACUAAUAAAGCA